AUGCUACUAAAAUUCACUUUCUUAAUUUUUAUACGAGUUUUUCAAGCUUCAGUGAUUUUGAAAAGUUUUCCGUUGCCAACAGAUGAAAUUGCUUAUGUUAAUAUCAAAUCACGAGCUGUUCCCGAUCUGAAAAGUUUUAUUUUGCCUACUGAUGAACUUCUUCCUGUUCCUAGCAAAUAUCAAGCUUCAAGAUCUUCAGUUGGUGUUAUAUUGCCAACAGAUCCAAUUGCUCAUAUUAACAGCAAAUCUCAAGCCUCAUCGAACUCAAAAGCUAUUCCAUUGCCAACAGAUCCGGAUUCUGAUGAUAACAUCAAACCUCGAACUUUGACUGAUUUCAAAGCAAUUCCAUUGCCAACAGAUCCGAUUGCUCAUGCUAACAUCAAAUCUCGAGUUUUGACUGAUUUCAAAGCAAUUCCAUUACCAACAGAUCCGGAUUCUUAUGAUAACAACAAACUUCAAGCUUCUGCCAAUUCAGAAUCAGUUGGUCUUCUAUUGCCUACAGAUUGA